AUGCCAGAGGAGACAACACUUGACGAGGACACUGACGCGCCAGGGGUGCUCGAAGUGCGAGAGCUGGAUCCCACAGACACAGGGCCUGAAGAGCUGGUAGCUAGAGAGCUGCUUGCUAUUGACGAGCUCGGAGUCAAGACUGGACGGGUGCUGGAGCCUGAGCCGCUGCUGCUUGGGAUACUGCUCGGGGCUAUGCCGCCGACAAUAGCCAGGAUGAACUCUCCCACAAAUUCGCCAGUGGCGGCCGGACUCGAGACUGGGCUAGACGGCACAUUCGUUGACGGGACAAUUGUUGACGGCACAGAUAUGGCCGAGCUGCUAGGUCCACGGCUAGUUGGUGGUGAACUGCCUGAAGGCACUGAGCUGGGCAAGGAGCUGACUCCAGGUGGUGUGACAGAUGCAGACCCUAACGAAGAGGCGGGGCUCGAUCCGGACGCAACAGGGCUGGACUGA